UAAUAAUUGAUAAGUGAUCUUUUAAAUUUUCAAUUCUGCAACUUAAAAGGCGCAAGCGGCAAUUCUUUCGUUUCGAUCGUAGUUAAUACUUUUUAUUUAUACGUCCGGUUCCGAUUAUUAACUUAAAGAAAUAGACUAAUAUGUUUUGGACUUAAAAUAGUAAAAGGGAAACAAUAAAUUAACUUGUAAAAUUAAUAUAUAUAUCGGUCAUUUAAAAUGGACGAAGAAGUGCAGUUGAAAAAUAUUAAAGAAUUUUUACAAAACUAUAACAAAAUAACAGAUGAUUGUUUUUCGCAAUGUGUCUAUACAUUAUCACAAAGCAGGUUGACAGGUGAAGAGGCAUUGUGCGCAAGUCAUUGUGUCCAGAAAUCUAAGUUUGUUGAUCAAAAAUGUAUGCAAGCAUUUAUUGAGCAUCAGCAACAAUCAAUGCAAAAAUUUAUUGAAGAUUCUUCUCAAAAACAAGCCGAACAGGAAGCUGCUGUUGUAGACUCAAAUAUUUUAGAUACCGAAAAUAAAGAAAUAACUAAACAAGAAUCAACGGAAUAAAAAUUAGAUUGAAAAAGUAACAUUAUGUAGGUUUAAAAUUAAACAAUUUAGUACUUGUAAAUAUAAUAUUGUGAUAAUUAAUUGAACUAUAAAAAAAUAAAAAUCACUGUUCUACCAACA